GCGGCGCGGGGAGCGGGGAGCGGGGAGCGGCGCGGGACGUGGCGGCGCGUUCCCGCACAGCACCUCAUCCAGCUUUUGUUUGUAAGAAAUGUGAGGAGAACACAUCCCAGGAGAGUGCACCCUUGGAGGAGUACUCAUGAUGACCACCUCGUGACUAUGGACUGUUGGCUCGGCACUGAUCUCAGGAGAGAAGGGCAUGGGCUCCUUCUUGCAUUCAGCAUGCCAAAGCCUGCCUCUUUCUUUCCCUCCUUUUGUUCUUCAGAAAGCAGAAUGUUUUCAGAAACAUUUUGCUACUCUAGAGCUGCUCAUUUCUCUGACUUCUUCUGAAGGUAGUUUGUUAUCUACAUUGCAGUUAAUUUUAAAUUGCACUUCAUACUGAAGAACAUACGUGAGUGAAUAUGCUCAGCCUUGUCCAACUCCAUCAAAUCUGUCUGGUGCUUCAAUACCCUGAAGAAAUACAUCCUUACAGAAAGAAGUCAGAGACCCUGGGGUCAUCUCUCUGAUUCGAGGGAGGCCAUGGUUUUGUCCUCUUUUAGUGACUUGUCAGAUCAUAUUCACCUUAUCCUGUCACUAUCAGAGAUGAUCCCCAAGCUCUUGAAAGACCAUUCUUGGAACGAUCAUCACAGAGUCGACGGGGCUUACAGAGGCGAUGCUCCUGUUCUGGCAGACUCCAGACAAGCCCGUGUGCUUCCAAAGGUGCUGUCCCCGUGGAUUAACAAGAAAUCCCAGUGAUGUGCAGUCACAGGAGCCAGCUUUUCAGAAGCACUGGCUGCACAACACUUCUCAGUGAAAGCUGUUUCUGCAGACCAGCUCAUUUCAUUCAGAUUCUCUCCUUAGGCUAAACCAGUGCCUUAACUUUCUGCAGACUGUAGGGAAAUUCAGAAUAUCCUGGUCGUCUCCAAAGAAAAAUAUUCUGGAAACUCAGAAGAAUUAAGCAGUCUGUUUGUUAAAUAGCUCAGGCAAGAGAGAAAUAGUGCACAGCAACCUUGAACAGCUAUUCUGUGGUUUCCCUUCUAGCAGUCUGAAGAGGUGCUUUGGGGUGAAGGGCAAGACAAGAAUUUAAAUCAUCAUUAUCCCAAAGACAUAGGACUCAGCAUGUUAUCCUCUUUCUCUUCCCUUUCCCAUCUGGGUUCCAAUACUCCACAGCUGUAAAGGUUCAGUACAAGGAUGGGAAAUACUGUGGACAGGGCCUCUGUAUUAGUGAUUCUAUGAAAUGCUAAUAGAAACUAGGGCUACACACAUUCCUAUGAUCUCUGAGCUACCUCGUGAUCUCUGAACUACCUUUAUAUCUCUGAACUCGCUUAAAGAGGAAAUGACUCACUUUCUCGUGGACGUUAUGCCUGUAUGGUCUCACUCAGGGCAAUACCAUUAAACACAGAAAGAAUUAGGGUCAAGAAAAAAAAAAUGAACUUGCAAACAUAAAUUGCUUCCCUUCCUACAAAUUAGGAUAGCAAAACAUUUGCUUUUGUUUCAGACUAUCUGUAUGUUUAAAAAUGUGUAUUUAGAAAAAUCCUAGUUACUAUGAGAAUGAUGGUGCGGAGGUGUAGGGAAGGAUGAGCAUGCUUUCUUCUUACUUCCCCUUCAGCAUGGGUCAGAGCAUUUUCAGAAUGAUGUGUCUUUUAACUGGAGGCACUGGUGGCCCAUACAUAGUUGGGGUAGCGGAGGCAGGUGUUGGCUUGUGUGGCUUUGUUCACAUGGAUGGUAGUUUUUUUCCUCUUGUCAUUCAAGGAGAAUCAGAGGCAACAAACAACAGUGCACGCUGGCCUUUUCUUCUAAAACAUUACCUUAGCUCUGGCUCAGAAUGGCAUAGUAACUCAAGAAAAGGGCGUAUGGUCAGAAGUGUGAGAAUUGCUCCAAAGACCAAGGAUUUUGCCCCGAGUCUGCAUCAGCCUGCCAUCAGUUAGCUCCCUGCACUAGCACGACGUCUAUGCUGUGUUGCAGCUGUGCUCCCUGCCAUCAGCACCAAGAGGGCAGGGACAGGAUGGGGAUGGUGCUGGGACCCUCUGAUUAUCACAGUACAAUAACUCCUGUGCAAGUAUGUAACCACAUACAUAACCACAUAAAAGUACUACAUAAAAGGUACGUCAGACCAACCUGCUUUCUCUAUUAUGGGAACACAGUUACACUGGUAGAAAAGGUUGUACUGGAAUAGGUGACUCCACAUUAGAGGGCUUGUAUUGCUUUAAACUGAACUGCUUUAACUAGCCACUAAAGCAGGUCAGAAACUUGUGUUUAUUACCUCUUUAAAGCAAUUUUUCAAAGUAAAGCAUGAUGAGAUUUAUCAUAAUCACAGUUUAGAUUAGAAAUUUCUCUCCUGGGCCUGAGUCUGCUACCCGGUCAACUGGUACAGUUGUUUGGUGCAGCUUCACCACUUCCUUUAUUUUCCUUUCUUCAGAGCAAGCUGGAGAUGGUGGACCAUCUUGUAAACACUGAGAUCAACAGCCAGCGCAUUGCCGCUGUAGAAAACUGCUUUGGGGCAUCUGGGCAGCCCUUAGCUGUACCAGGGAGGGUCCUUUUAGGGGAAGGGAUUUUAACCAAAGAAUGCCGCAAGAAACCCAAACCUCGUAUAUUCUUCCUUUUCAACGACAUCCUCGUGUAUGGGAGCAUAGUGAUCAACAAAAGAAAAUACAAUUCCCAGCACAUAAUCCCCCUUGAAGACGUGACUUUGGAGACACUGCCAGACACCUUGCGGAUGAAGAACCGCUGGAUGAUUAAAACCUCAAAGAAGUCCUUUGUGGUUUCUGCAGCCUCCCUCACAGAGAGGAAAGAGUGGAUCAGCCAUCUGGAGGAGUGCAUCAGACACCUUCUGACAAAGACAGGCAGGCAGCCCUCCACUGAGCAUGCUGCCCCUUGGAUCCCGGACAAGGCGACAGAUAUCUGCAUGCGCUGUACCCAGACCAAGUUCUCCACACUCACCCGAAGGCAUCACUGCCGCAAGUGUGGCUUUGUCGUAUGUGGAGACUGCUCCCGGCAGAGGUUUUUGAUGCCACGGCUCUCCCCCAAGCCCCUGAGGGUCUGCAACCUGUGCUACAGACAGCUGCUGGCAGAAAAGAAGAAGGAAGCAGAGGCUGAUCUCAGGCAGCCAGAGCAGUUCCAUGCUGCCAUGCCAGGCUACGAACCUUCUAGUGGUGACGACAGUGACAAAUCUGAUGAUGACAAAGUGGACCAGUGGCCAGCAGACACAGAGUUUUAUACUUCAGAAGUAUCUUGGUCAUCUUUCCAUAGCUGACCCUCCUGGGAGUAAGUGGCAUUUGAAAACUGGGAAACCAACUUCUGGCCUCCAAUGCAUGUCCUUCUUGAUAGUUUCUUUGGAGGCUGUACUUAGGAAGGUGGAUAUUGGCCCCUGUGUGUGCAGUCUAUUUGGGGGACAGGCAUAGGAGGUUGCGCCUAGAAAUUCUGAGAAUUUGUAUCAUGUUACACAAGCAGGUAGAGAAACAGACUAAGGCAGAGGAGACCUGCAGCUCAAUGCUGGUCCAAGUGAGUUCACCCUUCUGUGCCUUAGUUUUCCUGUCUCCAAAAGUGAAGCAAUACUAAUCUAUUUUCUUAAAUGUUUUGAGAUCUACAAUUGGAAGGAAGAGGAGCAAGAAAUCAUUGAUUUAAAUAUGCUUGUCUGCUAGGGAUGAGUUUGUCUUUCUGAGGCUAGAGGACCUCCAGAUGGGCACUGCAGAAGCCUGGUGCUUUUGCUGGCUGUGCUCUGUGGAGAACAGAAAAAUUCCAGGGCUGGCAUUUUCCAUAAGCAUUACAUUUACUCUAAAAGAUUCUCAUCAUAAGUGUGCAAGCCCAGCCAGACAGCUUCUCUGCAGCAAUAUAAGCAUAGGCUUUGCUUACUACACUAGGUUUUCUGAACCUUGGAAACACUAAAGGAAUCAUGCUCUGAAUGCAGAGAGGUCAUAUGAGGCUUGAGAGGAGCAACUGUAGCAAAGCGCUAGAGCAUUCAGCUCUCAGAUGGAAAGAAGCCAUUUUGGUGAUACCAGGCAAGCAGGGAGGGAGGAGGAGAGGAAAACAGGCCUAAGAUUUUAUACAGAGGAAUGAGGUAAGGAAGAGGCUUCCUGCAGUUGACUCAACUAAGUGUAAAGCCUCAGAUCUCAAAAUAGGUGGAUUCACCAGAUUACCAAAGGCUGAUAAACUCAAGCCUAUCAGGUAAAAGAGUAGCCCAGGGAAGAGUUGCUAAAAGUUUUGAAGGAAGAUCCAGAAAAUGCCCUAGAUUAGGAUUGUGAAGUGCAGCAUUUCAACUUUCACUGGCCUCCUGAGCAAGACCCCAAGGAAAUGGAUGCUUACUUGUGUGCUCAUCUCAUUUGUAUCAGUUUCACUGAGUUCAAAGUUAUGAUCCUGAAUGUCUUUUCAAGACCAGACCCCAAGACUUUAUAGUUGAGUUAAUUUGAACUCUUAAGUUCAUAUCAGGUUAGAAAUAAACUGUUUUAUUCAAAUAUUCUAUCCUAAUAUAAGUUAGACAACAGCAAUUGUAUUGCAGCAGACACUUCUACAACAAAAUCUCAGUUAUUUCUUAGUAUAUUUUUGUACUGUGUAUCUUAUACUCUGGAAAGGAACAUGAAUGAGAGUAUGCUUGCAAUGUUACAAGCUAUUUCCUUACCAUUAGCUGGUCCAAAUACUGCAUUGUAUGACAAAUGGCCAGACUUAAGUAUUUUUAAUUUACAUUCAAAAUAAUUAUUCUUACUUUCUUGUAAACUGCCAUUGUCCAGUGAAUUUGUAUUAUAUGACUGUAUGUGAAUAAAGAUAUGAUCAACUGGAAGAAGCCAGGAAAGCACAA